CGUAGACAGAUACAUAUUCCUGCCCUCCUUCUGCCGCCUGUGAUCUUCGCUGGUUUGGUCCUGGCCCUAUACACCUGGAAGAGUUUCGUCAUGGUCUCCCUACAGAACAAGAUCAUCUACAAUCCGUAUCUGCCUCCCAGUGCUCGGCAUGACAAAAUCUCGGACUUUCAGAAAUAUCUCUACGGGAUCGAGUGGAAAGAGCUCCGGAUGAGGUCAAUCGAUAGGACCGACUUGGCAUUGGCUGUUGCCAGUGUGUCGUCACAUGGUCACUCGCCCCGGGACGAUGGCGUUGCCUAUCAUGUUUACAUACUCUACUGUCAAGGGAACGCUUCGUCCUUGCCGCCACGGCUUCCGGACCACUCAUGGAUCUUGAAGAAGAUCAAGAUGAGCUUCGGGGAGAGAUACCCUCAGCUUGGGAAGGUGCGCUUCACAGAGGUUGGCCUGAGCUACCGAGGAUACUGGACAUCUGCUGGCCGCCCCUCCGAGCCUGGGAUCAACUAUGAUACGAGAGCUGCCGUCGAGUGGAUCUCCCAACUGCACGACAACACGUACGAGAGAGCUCAGACCGGGAACCACAAGACAAAGCCAAUCUUGUUCGUCUGGGGACAGAGUAUCGGGUCUGGAUUCGCCACGAACCUCGUUGCAUCUGGAGCCAUCCCAGCGCACCUUGAACCGACCGCUUUAAUCUUAGAGACACCUUUCCUCUCCAUCAAAGAGAUGCUCGAGGUCCUAUACCCUGAGAAAUGGCUGCCCUACAAGUACCUUUACCCAUUUUUGCGCAACCACCUUGACAGCUACCGCAACCUGGCGAUCAUCGCAGAAAAUCGAAAGGAGAGAAAUCUUGGACUUCCUCAGGUGCUGAUCCUACAGGCAGGAAGAGACGAGAUUGUACCCGAGCGUCAUCCGGAAGAGCUGCGAAGACGGUGUGCCGAGUUGGGGAUACCACAAGAGACCAAGGUCGUUCCACGGGCGUUUCACAACGACGUGAUGAUGACAGGCGGGAGAGCACACGUAGCUGAGUUUAUCAUAGAGGAAACGGCUAAGGCCAUG